GAGAAACCAGUGAUUCUAUAGGGCAGGGAGAAACACGGAACCCAAAGAUGUUUGCCAUCGGCAUGACAUCCAGCUGUCAAACUGAUAUCCCAUCGAAGAACUCGUGUAAUUCUAAAAAAGAUCUGACUCUGUUUACCGCGUCUAGGCUACGCAUUGAAUUUUUUCUCUAAUUCUUAGAUUUAUUUCUAUCUUCUGCAUUUUUUCAAUUCAAAGCUCAUAGCAAACCUUUCAAACUGCAUGCGUCGAUGCCGAGGAAUGGAUAGUGUGCCACUGCCAAGUGAGAAUAGCAGGAUGGUUAAAUGUAGUGAAAUCUCAAAUGAAACAGUACACGCAGAUGUAGCUCUUGACCAAUGCAAACUUAUCCAAAGUAUGAUUGAAAUCUCCAUCUCCAGCCUCCAAGGACUACGGACAAAAUGCGCAGCUUCUAAUGACCUCACCCAGCACGAGAUACGCACUUUAGAGGUAAAGUUGAAGAACUACAUCUGUAAACAACUGCAGUGCAAACACGUAGUGCCUGAGAUGGAGAGGACGCUGGCUCUGGAAAGCUACCCUCGUCUAGUGGAUUGGCUCCACACCAUUAACCUCAGACCUGAGCUCAUACAGGCUUUACCAGCAAAGUUGUCCCUGGAUGCUUUGCUGCAGAUGUCCAGUUCUCAAGUGGGGGACACAAUGAGAAGACUGGGCUCUAACUCUGAAGAGUGCUCCCGUCUCACUGCUGCCCUCUCUUGCCUCAAGAGCGCCACUGAAAUAGGCGGUGACCAUCGUGAGGGUUCCUGCAUCCUAGAACCCCCUCUUUGUGACAGUGCCACCUCACCUCCAGGGGACCUCCGGUCACGCUCAGUGGACCUCCAUCCCCAGAGCCCGGGCCUCCUCCCCAGCACCCACAGCACCCACAGCCCCACCCACGGCCGCUCCGUCUCUGUAUCCAUUGUGCCCUGUUCAGACCACCAGGUGCCCUACAUUUGCACAGAGGACACAAUGGAUGCUUUCACUCCUUCAGCGCACAUCUUGGCCACCCCGCCUGCCACCCCGACCACCAAGAGCCGUAACAAGCUCCCCCGAACCACACCGCCCUCAUCCAGGAAACUGCUGCAGCUCCUGCCCAAUAUUUCACUGACGCGAAGCAAGAGUCAAGAGUCCCAGCUGGCCAACCGAAUCGAGGAGCCCACUCCCAGAAAGGGGGGUAAAAAGAACAAGCUGCUUCUGAAUGUUCAGAUCAACAACAGUGGGAACGGGUGUGAGGAACCCACCACACGCUCACCCCUGCUGUCAGCACGCACGCCCGGUCCUGCCACUGCCCCCUACACACUCCCGGGCACCCCAACUCUCCUGGAGAAUAACUUGGCAAUAAACCGAAGUUCUCCACAGAUGAGGAGAGAUAUUGGCCUAGCUGUAACUCACAGGUUUUCAACAAAAUCCUGGCUUUCUCAGACUUGUCAGGUCUGUCACAAAAGUAUGAUGUUUGGAGUCAAGUGCAAACACUGCAAGUUAAAAUGCCACAACAAAUGUACCAAAGAAGCGGUAUCAUGCAGGAUAUCAUUUGUGCAAGUGCCAAUACGCAGAGCAGAAUCUGUACCUUCAGACAUCAAUAAUAAAAUAGACCGCAAUGCAGAGCUGCCCAUUAUGUUUGGGACAUUACCUAAAGCAAUAAACAAAAAGGACUACCCUUCCCUGCAGAACCCGAUAGACUCCAGCAGUAACCCCUCGUCCACCACCUCGUCCACGCCCUCCUCACCAGCCCCCUUCCAACAGAGCAACCCCCCCAGCGUCGGCGCCACGCCACCUCCCAACCCUUCACCCCAGGUUCCUCGAGACAGCCGCUUUAACUUCCCAGCUGCCUGUUAUUCACUGCCUAGACAACAGUUUAUUUUUCCUGAUGUGCCUACGUUCUCAAAUCCUUGUGGAAAUCACCCUGAGAAAUACCAUGAAACUGGAGAAACCCAGCUGGCUGUGACUGAGCAGCAGAAUCUUGGAGUAAAGACUGGAGUGGAGGCAGAGGAGGAAGAGUACCCUGGAGAGGAGAAUACCACAGGGGACGGAGAGGGAAGAGACGAGAGGCCGUUGGAUGAAGAGUGCAACGGGGAUGAACUUGAGGAUCUGCCCAACUCAGGGGGCUUUGGGGGUGGGGGCCACUGGAGGGGACCAAUCACCCGUAAAGCCAGUCAGACUAGUGUCUACCUGCAGGAAUGGGACAUCCCCUAUGAACAGCUGGUACUGGGCGAGCUCAUCGGCAAGGGCCGUUGGGGGAAAGUACAUAAGGGUCGUUGGCAUGGUGAGGUUGCCAUCCGCCUGCUGGAGAUUGAUGGUAACAACCAGGGCCACCUCAAGCUGUUCAAGAAGGAGGUGAUGAACUACCGACAGACACGCCAUGAGAAUGUUGUUCUCUUCAUGGGCGCCUGCAUGCACCCGCCGCACCUCGCCAUCAUCACCAGUUUCUGUAAAGGUCGAACAUUAUUCUCUGUGGUGAGGGACUCCAAGCACAAAUUGGACAUCCACAAGACCAGGCAAAUAGCUCAGGAAAUUGUGAAGGGAAUGGGUUAUCUUCAUGCCAAAGGCAUUGUCCAUAAGGACCUCAAGUCCAAGAAUGUUUUCUAUGACUCAAACAAAGUGGUCAUCACAGACUUUGGCCUUUUUGGAAUGUCAGGAGUAGUUCAAGAAGGAAGGCGCGAGGACAAGCUGAAGCUACCUCACGGGUGGAUAUGUUACCUUGCUCCAGAGAUUGUUCGCAGGAUGGGCCCAGGCAACCAUGAGGACCAGCUUCCUUUUUCCAACGCUGCAGAUGUCUAUGCUUUCAGCACUAUUUGGUACGAGCUGCAGGCCGGAGACUGGCCAAUCAAAAACCACCCAGCAGAAGCCACCAUAUGGUUGGUUGGCAGCGGCCAGGGUAUCAAGAAGGUCCUAUCCGAAGUUAGCUUGGGCAAGGAAGUCACGGAGAUCCUGACGGCCUGCUGGUCGUUUCAUUCAGUUGAGCGACCAACUUUCACCCAGUUGACGGACAUGCUAGAGAAGCUGCCCAAGCUCAACCGCAGACUGUCCCACCCUGGUCACUUCUGGAAGUCAGCCGAGCCAUGGGAUCACCACCACUGUCUGCGGGACCACUGUUGUCAGGGCCUGCACUCUCGUUGUCCCUACAUGUAUAAAUACAGCAGCUGAUCCCUAAGUAGCCCCCAGUACUGAAUGAUUGUUGAAGUGGAUGAUUUUUGGGGGAUAGGGUAGAGGAUAGAGGAUUUAGGAUCAGUGUGUCUAAUGACACUCCCUUUCACUAUGUAAGUGCUGAUUGCCAUUUGCCUUCCUUGUUUCUCUUAGUGGGGAAACACAUGCGUAUGCAUGUUGAGGGUUGAGAAGCCAGAUUCUGUAUUUGUAAGACAAUAAAGGCCUCAGAGAGUUAAGUAAAUGGGAACUCAUGUUUAAAUUGUGUUUUAUCUGUUGAAACUUAAGACAGCUAAUAUUAAGUGUAAAAAAUAAGAGGUAUGAGGUUCCCUAUACACCAUCAUAUUCCAAGUGUAUUGGAUCUUUUCGGUUCACCACCGGCUGAUAUCUUUACUGUGCGAUUAAACAAGGAAUAUAGUAAAAUCUUCUUGUUUUAACUUUGGUUUGACCCAACCAUUUGAAUUGUGUGCUGUACUUUCUGUACGCACAUAAUCUCUGACAGUCUAAAGACUGGAUUUUUUUGUGAUUGGGAAACAGGAUUGCAUUGUGUGUGCGGAUUUGAAGGUAGCAUUGAACAGGAUUGUCAUAGUAUAAAACUGAGUCUUAUCAAGAAACAAAAAUAUGUUUUAUAAUAAUAAGAUGGGUCACCACUGCUCUUUGAUGUGCCUUGGUCGUAUGUGUUCUCUCUGUCUUUCACUUGUGUGUUUGUAAAUCUCGCCAGUGCAUUCUUGUUUUGAAUGGAUGAAUGUACUGUAAUGGCACAACCUUGUGAAAGACUACUGUGAUCGAAUGUGUGCAGUGAAAACAAUACAAUCAUCUGUCAGAUUUGUGUACAUAUAUACAUGUAUAGCUUUUAUUUAUUGUACAUAUCUGUUCAUUAUUUGUACAAAUAUUUUAUAUGAUGUGUAUAUUAAAUAGGUACGCAACACCUAUUUAUGUAUAUAUCUUUAUAUAGAUAUUUUUGGUAAUGACAAAUGUUAUGGCCUGUGUAUUUUAUGCAUUGUAAAACGUACAGAUUGUGGUUAGUCAGUGCACUUUCUCUAGUUUCAAAGACAAUAAAACUUCAUUCACUAUAA